AUGACACCGAAGAUCCACCAGGUAGCAGCCGCAAGCAUUCCAGAUAUGUUCUUUGGGGCUUCUCCUCCUCCUAAAAGUAUAGUACAGUCACCUUGCAACAGUUCUCGUACAUAUGUGAAAGUUCGAAAAGCAAAUUCACCUUUGGGAGUCAAUGACGUCAUACAGAACCAUAAACACUCCCUGAAAGUGAACGAAGGGAUUUUCCCACAGUCAAGGUAUCUGCAAACCACUAAUAUGGAUUUUGCUUUGAUUGAUUUCAUAUAA